AUGGAAGAGCUUAAAAGAGUAUUCAAUCGAUUCGAUGCGAAUAGUGAUGGAAAGAUCUCAUCAACCGAGCUUAGCAACGUUCUCAAUCGUAGUAUUGGCCCCUACAAAAAGGAUUUCCCUUCUCGAUCCGGUGCAUACACCAUUGAUGAGAUGAAAGAGCUGAAAGAUGCUUUUGAUUUGUAUGAUAAGGAUCAUAAGGGCUUGGUGUCGGUGUUAGAGCUUCAUCUAGUGUUGAAGAGUUUAGGGGAGAAGUGUUCCGUUCAGGAUUGCUCCAAGAUGAUCAGCUUCGUUGAUGCCGAUGGUGAUGCGUUAAUUUUGAGAAAUUCAAAUCGAUGA